UCCCUCCCUCCCUUCAUGGCUGACGACUGGCUUGACUGCCCCUCGCUGGGCCCAGGCUGGAAGCGCCGGGAAGUCUCCCGGAAAUCGGGGACCACCUGCGGCCGCACGGACACCUAUUAUCAGAGCCCCACUGGAGACCGAAUCCGAAGUAAGGCGGAGCUGACCCGCUUCAUGGGCCCCGACUGUGACCUCAGCUGUUUUGAUUUCAAAAGUGGGGUUCUACAGUAUUUGUCCACCAAGGCAUCUUCUCAAAAGAAAAAGAGACUAGCCCGGCUGGAGAAGCGACCCCUGGAGCCCCUGGGAGCCCCCACUGCCCAGGCCUCCAAGUCACCGCCUGCCCCCUGCGACUCCUCGCCCAAAUGGUGUGAAAAAUGUGGAGCCCGAAUGUCUGGGGACAGUGCGGGUCGACAGCGCCUCAGGUUUCUGUGUAAAGGCUGCCGAGCCCAGAGAAAUGACUUCAACCGGGAACAGAGAAUGUUCAAGAGAGUGGGCUGCGGCGACUGCAAGGCCUGCCGGGUGACUGAAGACUGUGGCGCCUGCCCUCCCUGUGUUGCGCAGCUGUCCCAGCCAGGUGGCCCUCAGCUUCCUCGAAGCCAGUGUGUCCAGCGCCGCUGCCUCAAGAUCGUUAGUAAGACCAUUGGCUGUGGUCUCUGUUCUGGCUGUCAAACCAAGGAAGACUGCGGGGCCUGCCGAAUUUGUGAGCGCAAAGGGAGGCCAGGCCUCAAAAGGCGAUGGAAAUGUCUUCAGCGGCGCUGCCUCAGGAGUCAAAAGAAGAAGAAACCCAGAGGGUUAGCUGCCAGGAAGCACCCAGGCAGGCGGCACAGAGGCCCGGUGCUGCUGCCCCCACCCCGUCCUCCAACUGAAGCCGUUGGCCCUUCCGGCGCUGCUCGCGAGUAUGAGCGCCCAGGCCUUGGGGCCUCAGUGAAGAAGGAAGUGGAGGGUUAUGAAGCCCAGACUCCUGGUGGUGCCUCCCCACCCGCUGGAGGCUCCUCUCCUGGCUUCCCCAGCAAGGGAACUAAUCAGGUUCAGCUCCAGCAUUCUCUGAAACAAGAAGGGGAAGCGGAGGCAGCCACCAGCACUCCCGUGAUCAUGGAGAUUUACAGUUUGAGUGGAGCUAUCCCGACAGUGGCGGCAGGGCCCUGUGGAGGCCUGGAUGGCGUCCUGCAGGAAUUUUUAAUGGAGCUGAAUGAGCUGCCCCUGCCUGCCCACUGGGAGGUCCUGCCACCCAGGGGGCCAGAAUUGUGUAUCACCCAGAGGUCCCCCCUGUCUACAGUGGCAGCUGCAGUCAUCCAUAUUCAGGCCGGCCUAUACUUUCACGUGGUGGUGCAGGACAUCCCCGUGCCGCCCAGCCACGAGCUCUAUUCAGCCCACCCUUUGCGCCUCACCACUGUGGAUGAGGUCGUUGAGCUUAUCUGCGACCUGGAGGCCUACUGCCUGUGUCCUGGCUGGCCUGGCAGCUGGGGUCGGGGUUCACGGUCCCCGGAUUGCGAGGUCCUCGUGUAUGAUGGUCCUUGCCAGGCCUGCAGCCUUGGGGAACAGCAGUAG